CAUUCAGUGAGUGAUCGUCGGGCGUGAAGCAACCUCCUAACUCGACUCAGAAAAUGACUCAAAAGCCGCCAGCGAAGCAAGAGAGCGGUAGCUCCUCCUAUCAGCUGUGGGGCGGACGAUUCUGUGAACAGCCACACGAAGCACUGCAGGAUCUGAAUAUCAGUCUGCCAUAUGAUGCGCGACUCUAUGCGGACGAUCUGGAUGGCAGCAAGGCCUAUGCAGAGGCAUUGAUGCGAGCGGGUCAUUUGAAUGCCGCUGAGUGCGAUAAGCUGGUGAAGAACUUGGAGCUAAUACGCUAUGAUUGGGUCGAGCGUCUGAUCAAGUUCGAGGCGAGCGACGAGGAUGUGCACACGGUGAACGAACGGCUGCUCGUCCAGCUGACCGGAGAUCUGGGCCAGCGCCUGCAUACGGGGCGCAGUCGCAACGAUCAGGUGGUCACCGACAUGAAGCUCUGGCUGCGCAAGGCCAUACGCGAAACGCUGGGCCGUCUUCGCCAGCUGAUAGAGGCGAUUGUCCGGCAAGCCGAAGCACAUUUGGGCAUCCUGAUGCCGGGCUAUACGCACCUGCAGCGUGCCCAGCCCGUUCAGUUCUCCCAUUGGCUGCUCUCGCACGCCUUUGCCCUGCGCGAGGAUUGUCAGCGACUGACCGAGCUGCGUGAUCGCUCGAAUGUCUUGCCCCUGGGCAGCGGAGCUCUGGCUGGCAAUCCUUUGGGCAUUGAUCGAGUGUGGUUGGCGGAACGUCUGGGGUUUGCCGGCGUCACUGGCAACAGCAUGCAUGCCGUGGGCGAUCGUGAUUUUGUGGUUGAUUUCAUUUACUGCUGCUCGAUGGUCAGCCUGCAUCUGUCACGCCUCGCCGAGGAUCUCAUUAUCUAUAGCACUAAGGAGUUCGAUUUCAUCAAGAUCGCCGACAGCUUCUCCAGCGGCAGCAGUUUGAUGCCACAGAAACGCAAUCCCGAUGGUCUGGAACUAAUACGCGGCAUCUCCGGUCUCAUCACAUCCAACCUGACGGGCAUCAUGAUGACCAUCAAGGGCACACCCUCCACGUACAAUAAAGAUUUGCAAUUCGACAAACAAUAUUGCUUCCAGGCCUACGACAAGCUGACGCAAUCUCUGAAUAUUGCUGUGGGUGUGGUUGAAACCAUGCAAGUGCAGCGUCAUCAAAUGGAAUCAGCGCUCAGUUCCGACAUGUUGGCCACCGAUUGGGCUUACUAUCUGGUGCGCAAGGGCGUUCCCUUCCGGCAGGCGCAUCAUCACAUUGGCUGCGUCGUCGCCCUGGCAGAACAACGUGGCGUCGACAUAACGGAGGUGCCCCUGGGUGAACUGCAGCAGAUAUGCUCGGACUUCGGGGCCGACAUAGCCAGCGUGGCCGACUAUGGCCACAAUGUGCAGCAAUAUGAUGCCAUCGGUGGCACCUCGACGGCCAGCAUAGUCGAACAGUUGCGGCUGCUUAAGAAUUUGAUCAAGGAAUUGCGACAAGAGUCCUAGAACCGGACCGGCUUUAUUUGACUUUGGCAUUGGCUUUUCGUUUAGCUAACAAAUUAAAUAUUUUUGGUGUUUACAUUAU